AUGGACUUACGUAGCAAUUUGCAUCGUUUUCUAAAAUUGUAUAAGGAUGGCUGGAAAGUGUUUAGGGAUUCUCAACUGGAGUUAGAGCACACCCCGCAACAUUACUUGAGGGAACAGAUGAAAGCGAUGAUUUUCUUUACAAGCUCUGAGGAACGCCAGCUGCCCUAUCAAUCCGUUUGGCACAUUUUAGUGCUUAUUCAAAUGAGCGUAAUGUUUACUUCAAUGUGUUACGGACUACUGGAAUCGUUUGGCGACAGUGUUGAAAUGGGUCGAGAUCUUGCCUUUAUCGUUGGGAUAUUUUUUAUUAUAUUUAAGAUGUAUUAUUUUCUCUGGUAUGGUGAUGCUUUGGACGAGGUGAUCAACGCCUUGGAGGCAUUCCAUCCAUGGGCACGGAUUGGUCCUGGUGCAGUGGAUAUCCGAGCUAGCAAACGGUGGUACUUCCUCAUGUCCUUUUUUCUAGGGUCGUUUUGGUCUUUUUUCCUGUGCAUUUUCCUUGUAUUACUUAUGACAUCACCGAUGUGGGUCCAGCAGCAAAAUCUUCCCUUUCACGCGGCAUUUCCAUUUCAAUGGCACGACAGAUCAACCCACCCUACCACCCACGCCAUAAUCUAUCUGUUCCAGAGCUUUAUUGCGACGUAUGGCAUUAUUUGGCUUUUUUGCAUGGAGGGACUAUCUGUAGGCAUUUACGCUGAACUGACUUUUGCCAUUGAAGUUCUGUGCCUCGAACUUCGCCACCUCAGCCACAGAUGUCAUGGCGAUGAAGAGAUGCGAUUGGAAACAAGACGCUUAGUCAGAUUCCAUCAGAAGAUCAUUGAGAUUUUAGAUCUUACCAACGGUAUUUUCCAUGGUACUCUAAUCAUGCAGAUGGCGGUUAACUUUUCCCUGGUGUCUUUAUCGGUCUUAGAGGCCAUGGAGGCCCGAAAAGAUCCCAAGGUAGUGGGCCAGUUUGGAGUCCUCAUGCUGCUCGCGUUGGGGCAUUUAUCCAUGUGGUCGCUGUUCGGAGAUAGGUUGUCACAGGAGUCAUUACAAGUUUCCGAGGCUGCUUAUGAGGCUUACGAUCCUACCAAAGGAUCUAAAGACGUUUACCGAGAUCUCUGUUUCAUCAUUCGACGAGCUCAAGAUCCUCUGAUCAUGAGAGCUAGCCCCUUUCCGUCAUUUAAUUUAAUAAACUACGCUGCUAUACUCAAUCAAUGUUAUGGAAUCUUGACAUUUGUGCUAAAAACCAUGGAUUAACAUUUCUUAAGCUUUGUUUAAAUAAUAUACAUUUUGUUUACACCCUGUACUUCAGCA